CGUUGGUAGUUUUAGGCUUCGCUUUCGGUUUCAGUAUCAGUCUUUCAACUCCCGUCGAAGUCGCAACAUCAUCAUUAUCAUGUGGCUGCUGCUGCCCAUUCUGCUCUAUUCGGUGAUCUUCCUCUCCGUGCGGCACAUUUACAGCCACUGGCGACGCAGGGGAUUCCCCUCGGAAAAGGCCGGCAUCUCGUGGAGUUUCCUGCAUCAGGCCUAUCGCCGGGAAUUCCGGCACGUGGAUGCCAUCUGUGAGGCCUAUCAGUUGGGCAGGGAGCGAUUGCUCGGUAUCUAUUGCUUCUUCAGGCCCAUCCUCCUCGUCCGCAGCGUGGAACUGGCCCAGACGAUACUACAGCAAUCGAAUGGACACUUUAAUGAACUCAAAUGGGACUAUGUCAAGGGUUAUCGCCGGUUCAAUCUGCUGGAGAAGCUGGCGCCCAUGUUUGGGGCCAAGAGAUUGCACGAGAUGUUCGGUCAGGUCCAAAAAGUGGGAGAUCAUCUGGUUCAGCAUUUGUUGGACCUGGAACAAGUGCAGGGAGGUGUUCUGGAGACGGAUCUACAGCAAAUACUGAGAGUGUAUUCCAUUAACAUUAUAGGCAAUCUCAUUUACGGCUUGGAUAUCAAAUUUGAGCAAAAGGAUCACAUCUUCACUAGCUAUCUAAAGCAGAGUCAGGUCACCAUUCAAUCUUUCACCUUGGGUCGCCUGCCUCAGAAAUCAUCGUUUACCUACCGCCUCAGGGAUCUCAUUAAGCAAAGUGUGGAGCUACGAGAGGAUCAUGGACUGAUACGAAAGGAUAUACUACAAUUACUAGUCAGAUUUAGGAAUGGCAAUGAACUGUGUGGCGAUAAGUGGCAGCUGGAAAUGAAUAAUGAUCAAGAGAAAUUUCUGUCCAUCAAACGAUUGGCCAAAGUGGCCGAAGAUCUCCUUAAAACAUCCCUAGAUUCAGUGGCCUCAACAAUAACCUUAACACUCUUUGAAAUCCUUCAAGAACCCCUGAUUGUGGAGAAACUUCAAGCGGAAAUCAAAGAGCUAAGCAUUGAGAGUGAUGAGCUUAAGUUUGAGCAGCUAGAAGGUCUUAAAUAUAUGGAUAUGUGUCUUAAAGAAACUGUUCGCAAAUAUCCACCUUUGCCCAUCAUCGAACGCAUUUGCCGCAAGAGUUACUCGCUGCCCAACAGCAAGUAUACCAUAGAUGAGGGCAAGACCUUAAUGAUUCCUCUUCUGGCCAUACACAGAGAUGAAAGGUAUUUCAGUGAACCCAUGAAAUAUAAGCCCAUACGAUUCCUGCAUUCCCUUCGAACGGAAGAUAAUUUGGAGCAAUGCCCCGAGAAGAGCAAGAACAAUGCCUUCAUAGGUUUUGGCAUGGGAGGAGCACAAUGUGUGGGUCAAAACUUUGCCAAGUUGGUAAUUAAGGUGGCGCUGAUCAAACUCCUGCACAACUUCCACCUGGAAUUGGAUGCCACCGUGGCCGAGGCCAUGGAAGUUACGCACCAACCUGCCCCAUUUAUACACACAAAGGAUGGGCUGAAAGUCAGGUUGAAGAGACGCGAAAUAAAACCAAAACAUUAUCACUAA